ACUGGGCUCGCAGAGACCAGGUGCCUCACCACGCCCUCGCUGGCUGCAAAUCGUGGCCUGGCUGACGGCGCGCCAGUCAGGGCGGAUCCGAACCACCCGCAUUAUUUUCGUCAGCCAAACGUCACCCGGACUCACCGCUUCGCCAUCCAGCUGGCGCGUGCUCCUGGCAGAGGACAACCGCGCCCACAUUCACCCCUCGUCGCGCCAUAUUGACACGUUUGUUACUAUGGGGGCCGCACGCAUCUAAAAUCCUGUCACCGUCUCACCUCUAGCCCCAGCCGGCGUCCUCCUUGUUCUCGCCUUGCUAUCCUCGCCCUCGCCGACUAUGACCACACCGCCCGUUCGGAGCGCCAUCGCGACGAGCAGCCGCAUCUCGGGGGCAAGACGGGUCAUUACGUCCUUGAGCCGUCCGAGUCCCGUCGUGCUACGAUGUAAUAUUCUAGAUAGGCACAGGAUGGCCAGCACUGCCAGCGGGCGCAGAAAAGAGCGCGUUGUUAUUCUCGGGUCCGGGUGGGCUGGCUACGGGUUCGCGCGCAGCCUGGACCCCAACAAGUUCGAGCGCGUCAUGAUCUCGCCGCGCUCCUACUUCGUCUUCACGCCUCUGCUCGCGGGGACGGCGGUGGGCACGCUCGAGUUCCGCACCGUCCUCGAGCCUGUGAGGCGCCUCGGCCUCGACCGCUUCCACCAGGGCUGGGCCGACGACAUCGACUUCGCGCGCAAGACGAUCCGCGUCGAGGCGAACACGUCCGACGACCUGGCGUCGAAGACGCAGGCCGCCAUGGCGCACCGCCCGGACGGCGACGGCGGCACGCGGCGGGGAGCCAUGUUCGACGUCGAGUACGACAAGCUGGUCAUCGCCAUCGGGUCCUACAGCCAGACGUUUGGCAUCGAGGGCGUGCGCGAGCACGCCAACUUCCUGCGCGACGUCGGCGAUGCCCGCCGCAUCCGUAUGAAGGUGCUGCAGAGCUUCGAGAAGGCCGCGCUGCCCGUGACGACGGACGAGGAGCGCGCCAAGCUGUUGCACUUCGCCAUCGUCGGGGGCGGGCCGACGGGCAUCGAGUUCGCCGCCGAGCUACACGACCUAAUCCGCGACGACCUUAAGAGCACGUACCCGGAGCUAAUGCAUUUCGUCCGCAUCACCGUCUACGACGUCGCGCCCAAGGUGCUCCCCAUGUUCGACAAGAAGCUGGCCGAUUACGCCAUGGACCGCUUCCGGCGCGAGGGCAUCUCCGUCAAGACCGAGCACCACCUCACGCGCGUCCGGCCCGACGAGCACACCGAGGGCUGCCUCAAACUCAGGAUCCGGGAGUACGGCGAUGAAGAGGUAAGCGCCGGCAUCGUGGUGUGGAGCACCGGCCUGAUGCAGAACCCGCUCCUCCAGAAGCUCGGGACCAAGGCCUUCGCGCUGCCCGGCUCGGAGGACGGCACCGCCGAGAUGCAGCUGCUGAGGGACGCGAAGACGGGCAGCAUCGCCACGGACGCGUACCUCCGCGCGAAGGUGGCGCCGCGAGGCGCGACCGCGGCGUCUUCUGGAGCGGUGCCGCUGCCCGACGUGUACAGCAUAGGGGACUGCGCGGCGGUGGCGGGCCUGGGGCUGCCAGCGACGGCGCAGGUGGCGAGCCAGCAGGCGGCGCACCUCGCGCGGCAGCUGAACCGGAGCGCGAGUGUGAACGCGGGCGCGGAUGUGGGCGCGAAGCCGUUCCGCUUCCGCAACUGGGGCACGAUGACGUAUCUCGGCGGCUGGAAGGCGAUCCACCAGAGCAGCGCCGACGAGCUGACCGGCUGGGCUGCCUGGGUCCUGUGGCGCACUGCCUACCUCACGCGCAGCAUGAGCAUCCGCAACAAGAUCUCAGUACCCUUCUACUGGGCCAUCUCGUGGAUCUUCGGCAGGGAUAUUUCGAGAUUUUGAGCUGGGAAGCGCGCCAACGCUAUGAUGGCGGGGGAGAGAAUUUGAGGGGAAGAAGAAGCCUCAACGUCUUCCUCGUUUGGCUCCAGGGCGGUGGGAGAGCGAUGGCGGUGCAUCGGUUGUACGAUAUCCCACGGAC